GCGCUGCGCGCUCUUGACUCCGCUUUUCCUUUAGACAUCACCAGAUAAUUCACAUCCCGAAGCAAAGAUGAGAGGCGAGGUUGUUCACAUUCACUUGGGCCAGGCCGGUACCCAGCUUGGUAACAGCGCCUGGGAGCUCUAUCUCCUUGAGCACGGUCUUACUCAAGAUGGUCGUAAGGACCCCGACUCUACCGUUGCCGGUGAGGGCGGUUCCUAUGAUACCUUCUUCACUGAGUCCAGCAACGGCAAAUAUGUUCCUCGAUCCCUCUUCGUCGAUCUUGACCCUUCCCCGAUCGACGAGAUCCGCACCGGCCCUUACCGUCAGCUUUUCCAUCCCGAGCUCUUGAUCAGCGGCAAGGAGGAUGCUGCCAACAACUACGCCCGUGGUCACUACACUGUCGGCAAGGAGAUGGCCGAGAACGUCCUUGAUCGCAUCCGCAAGAUCACCGACAACUGCCACUCUCUUCAGGGUUUCCUCGUCUUCCACUCCUUCGGUGGUGGUACCGGUUCCGGUUUUGGUGCUCUCGUCCUCGAGCGCCUCGCCCAGGACUACGCCAAGAAGUGCAAGCUAGAGUUCUCCGUUUACCCUGCCCCUCGUGUCGCCACGGCCGUCGUUGAGCCCUACAACGCCGUCCUCGCUACCCACAGCACCCUCGAACACAGUGACGUUACCUUCCUUGUCGACAACGAGGCUGUGUAUGACAUUUGCCGAAGAAACCUCGAUAUUCCUCGUCCCAGCUACGAGCACUUGAACCGCCUGAUCGCCCAGGUUGUUUCUUCCAUCACCUCGUCCCUCCGUUUCGAUGGUGCUCUUAACGUCGAUCUCAACGAGUUCCAGACCAACUUGGUUCCUUUCCCUCGUGUCCACUAUCCUCUUAUCUCUUACGCUCCUGUUAUUUCGGCUACCAAGAGUGCUCACGAGAGCUUCAAGACCUCUGAGCUUACCCUCCAGUGCUUCGAGCCCAACAACCAGAUGGUCGUCUGCGACCCCCGUAACGGCAAGUACAUGGCUGUCGCUCUUCUCUACCGUGGUGAUGUUGUUCCUCGUGACACUUCCGCUGCGGUUGCUGCGCUCAAAGCCAAGUCCUCCUUCAACCUCGUUGAGUGGUGCCCCACUGGUUUCAAGAUCGGCAUCAACCACCAGAAGCCCAUGUCCGUCCCCACUGCCUCCCCCGCUGAUGGUGGUCUUGCUUCCGUCGACCGCUCCGUCUCCAUGUUGUCCAACACCACCGCCAUUGCCGAGGCUUGGUCGCGUCUUGACCACAAGUUCGACCUUAUGUACAGCAAGCGCGCCUUCGUCCACUGGUACGUCGGUGAGGGUAUGGAGGAAGGCGAGUUCAGCGAGGCCCGUGAGGAUCUUGCUUCGCUUGAGAAGGAUUACGAGGAGGUCGCUGGCGACUACAACGAUGUCGAUGUCGAUGCUGAGUACUAAGCGGUUGCUUUCACUAUGGUCAUACAGAGGAGCCAUUGUUAGAUCCAGGGCGGCUGGGUCGGUUGAUUCUCGGAGCUGGGUGUCACGGGUGUCAUCCUGUGCAUAUUCAAGCCGGAAAUAAGCGCGCAGCCCAGGCAGGCCCUUGACAACCAGCACCUUGGUCCCAUAGUCUCACACGAAAGAAGCGCGGAGUUAGGAAGGACUAGACGAGAACAUGACGACUUUAUGUAAUUCCCCCCUUCGAAAGCACAUAUACAUACCCACCCCUUUAAUCUUGACUUGAUUGUAGAUCAACAACACGAAGCUACUUUGUUCACUGGAAUAAAAGGAAAUGAUAGCUGCGCUACUCAAAAGAGGUUGCAGAGCUGGAGUAAUACAUGGGGCCGAGAAAAUGAAGAACAGAAUGAUACGCUCUUGCCCUGGAAUAUUCGAUAGCGCGGGACUUGCCUAUGCACCCUAGACAGCUCACCCACAAUUCUACGAGACAUCAUGUAGAAAGUUGGUAUGGUGCACUUAAAAGCUUUACACGUU